GCGGUGCAUUACUGUGCUGGUGCUGGUGGUGCGCAUUGAGCAACUCCCUCGGGUCUUCUAUAGGGUUUUGGAAUUUGGGAAUUUGGAUAGAGAUUCAAGGAUUCAAGAGGAUCUUAAGUUACAUCUCCGUUUUCUUUCCUCUGCCCCGAUGGCCUCAAAGUCUUCCAAGGAUCUUCCUGCUAAUGAAAGGGCAGGUUCAGCAGAUAAAAAAAAUACCAAAACUGAGACAUCCUCCGGGGAGUCACAGACGGGACAAAGAGGGCCUACUUCUCCGCCAGGAGCUGGGAUUCCUGACAAUCCUUUCGAUUUUUCAGCCAUGACUGGCCUGCUCAAUGAUCCAAGCAUUAAGGAAUUAGCUGAACAGAUAUCAAAAGAUCCUUCAUUCAACCAGAUGGCGGAGCAACUCCAGAAGACUUUUCAGGGUGCAUCCGUUGAAGAUGGUUUCCCACAGUUUGAUACUCAACAAUAUUACAACACCAUGCAACAGGUUAUGCAGAAUCCCCAAUUUAUGACCAUGGCUGAGCGCCUUGGUAAUUCAUUAAUGCAGGAUCCAUCAAUGUCUAAUGUGCUUGAAAGUUUUUCAAAUCCGACAAACAAAGACCAACUUGAGGAACGAAUGGUGCGCAUCAAAGAAGAUCCAUCUCUGAAGCCUAUUUUAGAAGAGAUAGAGAAUGGUGGUCCCGCUGCCAUGAUGAGGUACUGGAAUGAUAAAGACGUUCUACAGAAGUUAGGUGAAGCUAUGGGUCUUGCAGCUGCAGGAGAUGCAACUACUUCAGCUGAAAAUUCUGUGCCUGAUGAACCUGAAGAUCCGGGUAAUGAGGAUGAGUCAAUUGUUCAUCACACUGCUAGUGUUGGUGAUGUAGAGGGUUUGAAAAAAGCAAUAGCCUCCGGUGCUGACAAGGAUGAAGAAGAUUCGGAGGGAAGGACAGCAUUGCAUUUUGCAUGCGGAUAUGGUGAGGUGAAGUGUGCUCAGGUCCUUCUCGAAGCUGGAGCAACAGUGGACGCAUUGGACAAGAAUAAAAAUACUGCACUUCAUUAUGCUGCUGGUUAUGGAAGGAAGGAGUGUGUGGCAUUACUGCUGGAGAAUGGUGCCGCCGUUACACUUCAGAACAUGGAUGGAAAGACUCCCAUUGAUGUUGCAAAGUUAAACAACCAACAAGACGUGCUGAAGCUGCUCGAGAAGGAUGCCUUCCUGUAACUUUUGUAGGUGGGGUGGCAUAUGUAUGCUUUUGUGCAUUAGACAAAUUUGCUUUGAUCAGCAUAAGGUUGCAAUCACCACAACUUGAUCCGUUGUCUAUCCUGUAUUUACCCUACCCUGAUUGCUACAUUGCAUGAAUUUGAUAGUGACAUAAAAAGAGUCUUUUAUAGAUCA